AUGUCCGUCAACAAGCAGCGUUGGUGGAAAGAGGCAAUCGUGUACCAGGUGUACCCUGCUUCGUUCCUAGACUCUGGAGCGGGCAAUAAGCCUGGCUGGGGCGAUAUUCCUGGUAUCACGUCAAAACUGGACUAUCUGAAGCAUCUUGGUGUUGAUGUGCUAUGGCUUUCGCCGAUUUACAAGAGCCCCCAGGCUGAUAUGGGCUAUGAUAUCGCCGACUACAAAGACAUUGAUCCAGUGUAUGGCAGUCUUGAGGAUGUUGACAACCUGAUCAGCGAGCUCAAGAAGAGAGACAUGAAGUUGAUGAUGGAUUUGGUUGUCAACCACACCUCAGAUCAGCACGCCUGGUUCCUCGACUCUCGCUCUUCGAAGCAGUCCAGCAAGCGUGACUGGUAUAUCUGGAAGCCUGCCAAGUAUGACAAAGAUGGCAAUCGCCAACCUCCCAACAACUGGUCUAGAAUUUUGGGAGAGGAGAACAGUGCUUGGACGUAUGACGAGAAGACUGACGAGUACUUUUUGUCUCUCUUCACUGCUGAGCAGCCUGACUUGAACUGGGAGAACCCAGACGUUCGUGAGGCAGUUCACGAUGUGCUGCGUUUCUGGUUGGACCGCGGAUGCUCGGGCUUCCGUAUGGAUGUCAUCAACCAUAUCUCCAAGGUCCAGACCUUCCCAGAUGCAGAUGUUAUCGCUCCUGAUCACAAGUAUCAGCCAGGCUUCAAGUACUACUGUAAUGGACCUCGUUUGCACGAAUGGCUCAAGAACAUGAGAGCAGAGGUUCUCGACAAGUACGACACCAUCACAGUUGGCGAAAUGCCGUUUGUCAGGGACGAAGAUGAAAUCCUCAAGAUUGUACGCGAGGAUGAGAAGGAGCUGAACAUGAUCUUCAUCUUUGAGCAGGUCGAUAUUGACAACGAACCUGGCAAGUACAGAAUGACGCUGCGUGACUGGGAUGCCGACGAAAUCCGCAAGAUCUUCAGUCACUGGCAGCGUUUGAUGAUUGACAAGGACGGAUGGAACAGCUUGUUCGUUGAGAACCAUGACAACCCUCGCUCUGUGUCAAGAUACUGCAACGACAGCGACGAGUUCCGCGAGUUGAGCGCGAAACUGCUUUGUCUGAUGAUGACCACACUUGCUGGUACAUUGUACGUCUACCAGGGUCAAGAGCUUGGUAUGCGUAACGUGCCAAUUGAGUGGUCGCCUGACGAGUACAAGGAUGUUGAGUCCAUCAACUAUUGGAACAAGAUGAACAACAUGUACCCUGGCAACAAGGAAAAGCUGGACUUUGCUCACCACCUGUUGCAGAGAAAGGCUCGCGAUCACGCACGCACUCCGGUCCAGUGGUCUGCAGAGCCCAAUGCUGGAUUCUGCAAGGCAGACGUUACUCCUUGGAUGCGCGUCAACGACGACUACAAGGAGGUCAAUGCAGAAGCUCAGCGCAAGCAGAAUGAUUCCGACAAGCUUUCUGUGCUUCAAUUCUGGAAGAGAGGUCUUGCCAACAGGAAAGAACACAAGGACGUUUUCGUCUAUGGCGACUUCCAGGUGCUCGAUGAGAAUGACAAGAAGGUGUUUGCAUACAAGCGUGCGAGCGAGAAGGAGGCAUUCGUUCUUGCCUUGAACUUCUCCAAGGACGAAGUCAAGUGGCAGAUUCCUGAGGCUGCCAAGGUUAAGAAAUGGGUUGCUGGCAACUAUACAGCAGGCCAGCCUGAUAAGCCGACGAGCGGCACGAUUACACUCAGACCAUUCGAGGGUGUUCUGGGAACCUCAGAAGUUUAG